AUGACUCCCCCGGUUGAGAACGGAGUGAACGCUUCGGUGUCGAACAGGUCGAAUGGCGUGAACGGGUCACACAAGCGACCCAUCUACAUCGCAGGAUGUUCUGGUGGUGUCUAUGACAGGAAACGUGCUAUCGCAGACAUGGCGAAAAACGAGCCUCACGUUGAUGUCAUCACCGGCGACUGGAUGUCAGAGUGCAACAUGACACUUCGAGGAGCCGACAAGAGAGAUAAGCUGGCGAACAAACAGCUCUCUGCAGUAGGUGCCGCCUACGAACCUUACUUCCUCGAAGAGAUCGAUCCAGCCAUCCCGUGGUUGGCCAAGAACAACACCAAGGUUUGCGUCAACGCCGGCGCUAGCGAUGUCCAAGGUCUCGCGGAGGCGGUCAAGAAGUUGAUCGUCAAGCACGGGGUUGAUCUCAAGGUUGCAUACGUCGACGGUGAUGACUGCACAGAUGCAGUCCUCGAUCUGUACAAGAAGGGCGAGAACUUUCCCAACCUUCCGGCCGGGAAGAACAUCCAGGACUGGGGCUUCGAACCUAUCUGUGCUCAGUGCUAUCUCGGUGGCACUGGAAUUGCAGCUUGCUUUGCUGCUGGCGCCGAUAUCGUUCUCUGCGGUCGUGUUGCAGAUGCUUCCCCGACAGUUGGUGCAGCGAUGUGGCAUCACGGCUGGACACGUGAGAACAAUUACCAAGAGUUGGCGGGAGCACUCAUGGUUGGACACGUUAUCGAGUGCUCCACAUAUGCCACGGGCGGGUACUACUCUGGAUUUAAGGACCUCGGCGUGAAAGACACUGACAUGGGCUACCCAAUAGCUGCUCUGGAGUAUAAUGGAGAGGCUGUUUUCACCAUGGAGAAGGGCCGCCAUGGACUGGUAAGUGUUGCCACCAUUGCUAGUCAGCUCCUCUACGAGAUUCAAGGACCGUACUAUUACAACUCCGACGUGACUGCUCAGAUCGAGAACGUCAAACUUGAGCAGGUCGGUGAGAAUGCUGUUCGAAUCUCCGGAGUUCAAGGUCUUCCCGCGCCUCCAACGACCAAGGUCGGCAUCACAGCGAAGGGCGGCUAUCAAGCAGAAUUCCACUUCUUCCUGACUGGCUUAGACAUUGAAGAGAAGGCCAAGAUGGUUGAGCGACAGACUCUGGCAGCGAUGGGAGAUCACGCAAAGAAAUUCACUUGCUUGAAAUUUCAAGUCGCUGGCACAGUUCCUCAAGACCCACACUCACAGGAUGCUGCCACCGUUGACAUGCGCAUCUUCGCUCAAACAAGAGAUCCAGAUCUCCUUUCUGCCGGUGCUAUGGUUGAUUCAGACCGAGGUUCUUUCGCACGUUUCUGCAUUGAGAAUCUUCUCCAAGGCUAUCCCGGUUCCACAAUGGCCCCUGAUAUGCGCCAGGCUAUGGGCAGGCCAUUUUUCGAAUACUGGGUCAGUUUAAUGCCACAAACCUUUGUCCACGAGACAGCCCAUCUCCCUGAUGGAACUGUCAUCGAUAUUCCUCCUCCUCGGCUCACCAAGGAAUACGACUUCAAUCAACCAUCCUACAACACCGCCAAUCCGAUCGAUCUGUCGUCAUUCGGACCUACGACUCGUGCGCCCCUUGGAUAUGUUGUCAUGGGUCGGUCAGGAGACAAAUCAUCCAACGCCAACCUGGGGCUUUUCGUCCGCCAUCAGGACGAGUACGAUUGGCUACGAUCUCUGCUGAGUGUUGAGAGGCUCCGCGAGCUGCUCGGAAAGGACGACAAGGGCAAGAAUAUUGAUAGAUGCGAGAUGCCUAACAUUCUAGCUGUCCACUUCCUGUUACGAGAUCACCUCGAUCGAGGGUUCAAUGCCACGAGCGGGUAUGACAGUCUGGGAAAGAAUCUUUGUGAAUACAUCCGGUGCCGUUAUGUCAAUAUUCCGAACAAAUUCUUGGAACGCGGGCGUAUCUGA